AUGUCAACAUUUGGUGCAGCUAUUACUCCAGUAUACUAUAUGAAUAGAAUUAUAGGGCAAGCUCCAUAUUCCCGGAAUAACAAUGUCUAUCGCCCCAAUCGCUGGGCAGCUAUUUACACAGUUUUAUUGAUGUUCUCGUACUGGAUGACUUUUGGUACAGCAGUUCAAAGAAGUAUUGAAGACACUGAUGGUGAUUUAACGAUAAAAACCUCAACAACCUAUUUGCAAAUAUCAAUUGGGUGUGCGACGCAAACCGUGUGUUGGUUAUGUGCAAUUUUUCAACAAAAUUUGAUAACGAAUUGUUACAAUCUUAUGAUCUUGGUAGAUGAGAAGUUGAAGAAAAUCGCGCCUGAUGCAAAAUAUCAGUCAACUGUGAAACAAAUGUUAAUUCAGCAAAUAGUUGUUUGGGGCAUUGGAAUUGGUAGCUGUGCUUUGGUGAACAUAAUUUCCAUUCUAAAUGGUUAUUUCACGGCUGGCGUUAAUUGGCUAACUUAUUACGGACCAUUGAGUGGUUUGUGGGCAUUUGUCUCCUUAUACACAAACUUUACAAAUGCACUUCGCAAGCGAUAUAAAGUUAUCAAUGAAAAAAUGGAGGAAUUCAAUAAACCCAGGAGGAUAUGUAGACAGAAAAUCGACUUCCUAAGCAGUAAUAUUAUUCAGGUAAGACCGAUUACGAAAACAGUAUACCUGCCUGAAACGAAAAUUGCAACUCCGUUGAAAGGAAUGAAAGUAAAUAAAGUGAGUGCUAUUGAAAACCAUGUACAAAUGAUAGAUUCAUCAGUUCUACAAAUAAUGGGCGAGAUACAUCAUAAUUUAUGUGAAAUAUCAAAGAAAAUAAUGCAUGCACUUGGCAUACAGAGCUUAGUGACAAUAGCUUUCAUUUUCGUGACGACUACAUGUCAAAUGUUCUAUCUUCUUGUACUAACAGAAUCUAAAGGCGCGCUAUCUUCUACUUGCAGCACUAUAUGGCUGCUUUUGUAUGUUCUACCCCUGAUUGUCUUAUGUGGAACAUGCCAUAUGUGUGCAUCAGAGGCCAAUGAUACUGGCAACAUUCUACAUAGUAUUAAGAACUAUGGCAGCUAUGAUGAUAACUUUCGAACAACGGCUACUUUGCUGUCAUUACAGUUUAUACAUCAUGAAAUAAAUUUUACAGCAUGUGGUUUCUUCAACAUAGAUUUUACAUUGUUGCAAGCGAUAUUGGGAGCAGUAACCACAUAUCUAGUAAUCUUGCUUCAAUUUAGUGCAGGAUUAAGUAAAAAAGCAGAACAUGAUCAUGAAUAA